CACAGGGCAAGGUCCGGGUGUACAGAUCUUUCCAAUCCUAAUAUAUCAAAGCCUCCCAGAGUUUUCUGGCAUCUAGAGAGCAGUGUUCUAUCUGGAGCUUAAACUGCAGGAGCAUAGCCAUGGUGCUCUGGAGUCUGGUGCUGGGACUUCUGCUGGUGGUCAUUGUGGGGUACUUGUUCCUGCCAGGACUUCUCCGACAACGCAGGCCCCAGGAGCCCCCUCUGGACAAGGGCACUGUGCCUUGGCUGGGCCAUGCCUUGGCUUUCCGGAAGAAUAUGUUUGAAUUCCUGAAGCGCAUGCAAGCUAAGCAUGGGGAAGUGUUCACAGUGCUGCUAGGGGGCCAGUACUUCCACUUUGUCAUGGACCCCUUCUCCUUCGGCCCCAUCCUCAAGGAUUCACGGAGAAAACUAGACUUCGUACAAUAUGCCCAAGAACUGGUGCUAAAAGUAUUUGGAUACUCUCCAAUGCAAGGAGACAACAAUAUGGUCCACUCAGCUAGCACCAAGUAUCUGAUGGGAGAUGGCUUGGAGGAGCUCAAUGAGGUCAUGUUAGACAGCCUGUCCUUGGUAAUGCUGAGGCCCAAAGGCCAAAGUCUGGAUGCCGGUUGCUGGUAUGAGGAUGGCCUCUUUCACUUCUGCUACAACAUCCUGUUCAAGGCUGGCUACUUGAGCUUGUUUGGCUACACAAAGGACAAGGAACAGGACCUGCUACAGGCAGAGGACUUAUUCACACAGUUCCGCAAAUACGACCUCCUUUUCCCCAGGUUUGUUUACUCCCUGCUGGGGCCCCGGGAGUGGCUAGAAGUGGGCCGACUCCAGUCUUUCUUUCACAAGAUGCUCUCUGUGAAACACACCCAGGAGAAAGACGGCCUAAGCAACUGGGUCGCCUACAUGCUUCAAUCUCUGAGGGAGCAGGGAGUAACUCCAGCUAUGCAAGACAAGUUCAACUUCAUGAUGCUUUGGGCCUCGCAGGGAAAUACGGGGCCUACGUCUUUCUGGGCCCUUUUGUUCCUCCUGAAGCACCCAGAAGCCAUGAGGGCUGUGAAGGAGGAAGCUACCCAGGUCUUGGGCAAGGUCAGGCUAGAGGCCGAGCAGCCCUUCCCCUUUAAGCUGAGUGCCCUGCAACACACCCCGGUGCUGGACAGCGUGAUGGAGGAGACUCUACGGCUGAGGGCUGCACCUACCCUCAUCAGGGCGGUGUGCAAGGACUACAUCUUGAAGAUGGCCAGUGGGAAGGAGUACCUAUUCCGCCAGGGAGACAUGGUGGCCCUCUUUCCCUACCUCUCUGUGCACAUGGACCCUGAAAUCCACCCCGAGCCCACUGCCUUCAAGUACAAUCGCUUCCUCAACCCUAACGGGAGCCGAAAAGUAGACUUCUACAAGGCAGGCAAGAAGAUACACCACUAUACCAUGCCUUGGGGCUCAGGCGUCUCCAUCUGCCCUGGGAGGUUCUUGGCCCUCAGUGAGAUGAAGCUCUUCAUCCUGCUCAUGGUCACAUACUUUGACCUAGAGCUAGUGGACCCUGGCACACCUGUGCCUCCUGUUGACCCACAGCGCUGGGGCUUUGGCACCACACAGCCCAGCCAUGACGUGCACUUCCGAUACCGCCUGCAGCCUGCACAGUGAGCUCAGCCAAGCCAGCACGAGACUGGCAGAGGGGCUCCUCCCUCGGGUUCCCACCUCUUCUGCUCCCUACAGCCUCAGACUCCCACUCCUACCCCCUGGUACUUUGGCACCUCCUUUCUCUGCCCCGGUCAUCCUUAUUCUCUCGCCCCCUGGUCAUCUCACAGGCUUAUCAUUCUCCCUUUGAAACACUAUUUCUCCUGGUGUGUUCUGCAGAACUCUCUUCUUACAGGAAGCCCAGUGGAAGGGUGAAUAUCUGUGGCCCACUCAGUUUGGGAGAUGUCUGCCUUGGGAAGUCCUGCAGUAGAAAAACAGGUUCCCAUGAGUCAUGUGGCAUCUUGCAAAUCUUAGCCUCCACCCUCCCACCUGGUUUUACUUUAUUUCUACAACAUUUGUUCCAUAGACUGUGAAAUUCAGGUUCUAGAACACUGUCAUCCAAUAGAAAUACGAGGCAAGCUACAUGUGUAAUUUUUAUUUUAUUUAUUUUAAAACAGAGUCUCACUGUCACCC